GACCAAUCAAACCGAUAUCUGUUCAAAGAUAUUUAUUUUAUCCGAACCUGAAAGCUCCAGAUACUGCCAUGGUUAUGGAGGUAAUGGAACAUUAAAGAAAACAGCUGCUUCUCCCAUUGUAAAGAAAGAAGACAGCAGCGAUGAGCAGACUUUCGAGGCUUAAACUAUCAAUCCCCACCAACACUAACACUCUAUUGAUCUCUUUCAGUGACAAAUUGUUUCCCAUAACCCUCGAACUCCCUCUUACCUCUUCUUUCUCUCAUUUCCCCUCCAAAAUCAAGCCACGAAGAACAAAACAAAGCUACAGUCCCUCCCUUGAAAAGAACCUCCUUUUUAAUCUCUGUCUUCAAGCAAGUAGUAUAACUAAUGCUGAAGUUGAAGAAAAAGUAGAUGUUGAAGUUGCAGAAGGUUAUACAAUGACCCAAUUUUGUGACAAAAUCAUUGAUGUGUUUUUGACUGAGAAACCAAGAGUCAAGGAUUGGAAAAAGUACUUGAUUUUGAGGGAAGAGUGGAGUAAGUAUAGAGAAAUUUUCUACAAUCGAUGUAGAAUCCGUGCCGAUAAGGAGAUUGAUCCAACUAUGAAGCAGAAAUUAGUUUCUUUGGAGAACAAGGUGAAGAAGAUUGAUGAUGAAAUGGAUAGGCACUGUGAACUUCUUAAGGAGAUUCAAGAUAGCCCAACUGAUAUAAAUGCAAUCAUUACAAGGCGGCGUAAAGACUUCACAGAUGAAUUUUUCCAAUACCUCAAUCUGGUUUCCGAAACAUGUGAUAGUCUGGAGGACCGAGAUGAGGUCUCCCGACUGGCAGCAAGAUGCUUGUCCGCUGUUGGUACUUAUGACAUGACACUGGAGGCUGUGGAGAAUUUAGAUUCUGCGCAGGCAAAAUUUGAUGAUAUACUAAAUUCACCUUCUGUGGAUGUGGCAUGUGAAAAGAUCAAAAGCCUUGCCAAGGGAAAGGAACUUGACUCGUCUUUGGUUCUAUUGAUAAAUAGUGCUUGGGCGUCUGCAAAGGACUCCACAACUAUGAAGAAUGAGGUUAAAGACAUUAUGUAUCGGUUAUACAAAGCAACAAAGAGCAGCCUUAAGAGCAUGGCACCAAAAGAGAUAAAGUUGCUCAAGCAUCUUCUAAACAUCACAGAUCCGGAAGAGCGGUUCUCUGCAUUAGCAACAGCUUUCUCUCCUGGAAAUGAACAUGAAGCCAAGGAUUCCCAUGCUUUAUACACUACCCCAAAGGAGCUGCAUAAAUGGAUUAAGAUAAUGCUGGAUGCAUACACUCUCCAUAAAGAAGAAACUGACAUCAAAGAAGCUAAGAAGAUGACUCAACCUGUGGUCAUACAAAGGCUGUUCAUCCUCAAGGAAACAAUUGAAGAAGAAUACUUGGAUCAAACGAAGGCACAGCGAACAGGGGAUAAAACCGAAUUGGAGGAGUUAUGAACUAUAUGAUUCUGUUUGUAUGAAUUUAUACCCAAGACCAUCAAGCAUCUACUGUCAAUGUCUUUUUUGUUAGAAUCCAUUCCAUAUUCAAUUCAAUUCAUAUUCAAUUCAAUUCAUGAGUACAUAA